CUAUUUCCCAUCACAUAUAAGUAUAAACAAACACUGAACAGAGCAGCCACCUUGUUUGUCGUCUCAGUUUUCUCGGUGGGCGUUGUUCGAUCAAAACUGAGUGAAAAAUGACUGGAGCCAAACAGGGCGGAGGAGGGGAAGAGCCUGUGACCCUUGACCUUCUCAAGAGGAAAAUGGAUGAUUUUGCAAAGGAAAGAGACUGGGAAAAGUUCCACAGCCCUAGAAAUCUUCUUCUCGCUCUGGUGGGAGAAGUAGGAGAACUGUCGGAGAUAUUCCAAUGGAAAGGAGAGGUGCCCAAAGGGCUACCGGAUUGGAAAGAAGAGGAAAAAGUGCACUUGGGAGAGGAACUCUCAGAUGUUCUGCUAUACCUGGUUAGGCUGUCUGAUGUUUGUGGGAUUGAUCUUCAUGAGGCUGCUCUUCGCAAGAUUGAGCUCAAUGCGCAGAAAUAUCCUGUGAAAAAAGAGUCCUCGAAUAGGUACAAAAGUAGUGAUGACCCCAGCGCUGCAGCUUGAGACCUGUUCUCCACUUUCCUAAUUUGCCUACCCCCAUCCAUAUCUUUGCUUUUUGCUGUGCUGUAAAUGGAAAGUUUAGGUCUUGGGGGUGAGGGUGGGGGUGGGGGUAGGGGUAGGGGUAGGGGUAGGGAGAUGAUGGGAUGAGAUUUUCUUGUAUGAAUGAACUGGGGGGGUUGGCAGUGAUGUGAUGUCUCUAUAUUUGUGACUGUUUCUACAGAUGCAUGUUUUCAGUUCUUUCAUUUCAUGUCUAUUGUCUCCAGUUCUUGUUUUUGACUUUCGCUGCCUUAUUUACUACUGCUCUUGUCUAUUUCUUCAAUACAGAAAUACUAUCAACAAUCA